AUGAGCGAGGUGUGUGUCCGGGUGGCGCUCCGUGUCCGGCCCCUGCUCCCCAGAGAAGUCCUCCACAACCACCAGGUGUGUGUGCGGCUGGUCCCGGGCUCCUCUCAGGUGAUGCUCGGCUCGGACCGACUCUUCUCCUUCGACCACGCGUUUGGACCGACAGCCAGCCAGGACGAGGUGUACGAGUCCUGCGUCCAGCCGCUGGUGGAGUCCCUGGUGGACGGACACAAUGCCACCGUCUUCUGCUACGGACAGACAGGCUCAGGGAAGACAUACACACUCGGAGGAGGGAACCUCCUGGAUGAAGAGGGAGGGAUUAUUGACCGUGUGGCCCAGGAUGUGUUCCUGUUGCUGGGGGAGAAGAGGCAGGAUGGUGAUGGUGAUGGUGUGGAAGCCACGGUGCGGGUCUCAUAUAUUGAGCUGUACAGGGAGGAACUGCGAGACCUGCUGGAGCUGCACACCAUUCAUAAAGAGCUUCAUAUCAGAGAGGAUGAGAGGGGAAACACAGUGGUGAUGGGAGCCAAAGAGAUAGUUGUGACCUCAGCAGAGGAGUUACUAGGUGUUCUAGAGACGGGCAAUGCCCUGCGCCACACUGGCACCACAGGGAUGAACGAGCACUCCAGUCGCUCUCACGCCAUCCUCACCCUUCAGCUUAUCCAGCGUUGCCACAGCAGCACCAACAGCUCCUCCUUAAAAUUUGCCCGCUCUUCCAAACUCUGCCUGGUUGACCUCGCAGGCUCAGAGCGAGCUGGGAAAACUGGAAACACUGGGACAAGACUCAAAGAGUCUGCUCAUAUCAACACAGACCUUCUCGCACUGGGCAAUGUCAUCCGUGCCCUCUCUGACCCGGGUCGAAAUCGCCGUGGCAACAGCUGCAACAGUGCACACAUACCGUACCGCGAUGCCAAGAUCACCCGUCUCCUCCGCGACUCACUGGGAGGCACCGCUCACACGUUGAUGGUGGCGUGUGUGAGCCCCUCUCACCACAGUGUAGCUGAGACUCUGAGCGUCCUGCAGUUUGCAUCCAAGGCUCGUCACAUCCGUAACCGUCCUGGAGCUGUAUCUGCUCAUACAGAGGUGAAAUCAUGUCCUACCACCUGGGACCCUGGUGAGGCUCGACUGGGAGAACUGGAGUAUGAAGUGCAGACACUGAGAGAGCUGCUGAAAGACAAGGAGAGAGAGAUGGAAAGGGAGAGGACAGGUGGAGGAGCUGGAGAGGUGGACAGCUUCAGGCAGCCCAGUCAGAUGAGGAUGUCUGAUCCAGAUAAGAAGGUGAACCAAGAGGAACCGUCGCGGUAUUGCCUCCUGGCACAGGAAGCUGCUGUCCUGCUGGCAGAUGUCCCUAACUUCGCUUCAAGUCAUUCUUUUAGGCAGCGGCUGCAGGAUUGGCAGGAGAGACUGACGGCGGUCAAUCACUCAAAUCAAGUUGAUGAUGAGAAGGAUCAACCCCACCAUGUCACCAUGUUAAAGCUCAGAGAAGAACUCAACAAAUGCAAGGAAGCUCUCACCAUAGAGGAACAGCUAUUGGAGCAGAAAGAUGCAGAGCUGAGACAGGUCCAAAACGAAGUAGAGAAGCUUCUUCAAGAGCGCAAAAUCCACAUUCAGGCUUUGGAGGAAGAAAAGGAACGUAAUCGUAUACAGACUGAACAACUUGUGGACCAGCAGAUCCUGAUCAAUCGUCUUCGCAGCGACCUCGUGACCUUUAGGGGUGCAACCUCAGGGGCUUCUGGGAACUCAGGCAAUAGACCCCACAGUGUCCCUCUGAUCGGACACAGCUAUGGACACGGACCUCCCAGGAGGAUUCACUCCAGUCCGCCCGCCUAUUCACUGGAGAGGGUGAUGGCAGCCUUUAAGAUGCGCAGUCAUCUCCUGCUGGCUGAGAUUGAGGAGAAGGAUGAGGUGUACUGUCCAUUCAUAAAACGACAGGCAGCAGAGAGCAAAGACAGGGAUCAAGAGCAGGAGGAGGACGAGGAGGAGGAGGUGGAGGAUGAUGAUAUCUCUGUGGGCAGAAUAGGAUUUAGGCGUUCUUUAAACCGAACAUGGACCAGCCGGCAGAAGAAAUCAGCUCUGAUACAGAAGGACUCUGGACCAAACCAAACGUCUGAUGGAAAUCCAUCAGUACAGCAGCCUCAGCAAGCCACAGGGACCAAGGAAAACUACAGCAAGCAAAGCCAUAUGAGGAAGACAAGACUAAGAGCCAGCACUACUCAGAGAAGGAUCCAAGAUCUGUCUGUAAACAUGCGCAUGAAAGAGGAGCUCAUCAAAGAGCUCAACAAAACCGACAAGGAGACCCAAGCAGUGGGCAGACAUGGCAGGGACAGUGGUGAUAGUGGCAGAGAAGCCGGCGUGUUGGCAAGACUUUCCAUGCAGAGCCAGCAGGUCCGAGCCGAGGUGUACCGCAGCCUGCAGCACAUGAGACUGCAGAGAUCACAGCUUCAGAGCAGCCUCCGGCAGCAGAGAGAGACCAACAACAACAAUGAAGAACGUGACCAAAAUGGGGAGCAAAGGGCGGAAGAUUUGACUGUGUGCAAAAGGAAUAACCAGGAAGAGUUAAAGGAAAAGCUGCGUGACUGUGUUUGGCUGGAAGAAGAGGAGGAGCGGGUGUUUCAGAAGAGAGCAGAGCUGCAGGAGCUGGAGGAGGAGCUGAGGAGGAGAGAGGAGGUGCUCCUGCGCAGAGAGGCCUGUGUGCAACAGAAAAACAAACUGGAGAUCAAGAUGCUCCGCUCCAGUCAGGCUCUGGGUCAGGACCUGCUGCGUGUGUCGGUGCGGUUGGAGUCUGUGGAGGAGCAGCUGCAGAGCAGCAGCGGAGUGAGGCAGACUGGAGGAGUCACCAUGGAAGAACUGGAGAAAGAGAGACACGCGCUUAGAAAAAGGAGAGACACUCUGGACAGCCAGCUGAAGGACAACAGACUGCUCACUGUGAAGGAGGAGCAUUCCCUGCUUCAGCUGGAAGAAGCUAUUGAAGCUCUGGACGCAGCUCUGGAGUUUAAAAACCGCUCCAUCCAGGACAAACAAGAGCAGUUGCUAAUCACAGACUCCUAUUUGCAUCAGUCACAAAGCUCUGAUCCCGCCCAACUCUGUGAUGUCAUCAGGAAGCUGAAGGGGCUCCAGCCACCUGAGGCUUCGGAGCUGCUCGUCAAAUAUUUCAACAAGGUUGUUUGUCUUCGUGAGGCGGAGCGCCAUUUGCGUUUGCAUUGUGAAGAGCUGGAGCUUCAAGCUGGAGAGCAAGAGGCGGUGCUGAGGGAGAUGGAGGUCGCCAUGCAACGCCUGGCCCUGGAUGCAGACCGCAGGCUCACCCAGCAGCACCAAGAUCACCAAAACAACAUCCAGCUGCUGCUGCAGAAACUUAAAGAGGGUUGUUCAGGAGAGGCACAGCAGGCUAUCGAAGACAGACUGCAGCAUCUGGAGAAAGAGCUGUUUUUCUACAAAAGCUCCAGCCGGCAGCUGAAAAAGAAACUCAAAGAGCUUGUCAGUGACGCCCUACACCCCGACGAUCAGCCCACACACACACAAACACACAAUGUGCAGAUACACGCAAGUGCAAACGAACCCCACACGCACACUGAAGAGGUACAGACAAGGACACAUAUUGCAACAACAUACACAAAGAUACACUCUGAGCAAACAGACAAAAAGAGACAUGCACACCAAACCCCCCGUCCCUCCUCAUCUUCUGACCUCCAAGCACGUAAAACGACAAACAUGCCUGAAUACAACCAGACACGCACACAGUCCCAGGGGAGGAGUGAAAGGGGGGCUGGUCGCUUCGGGGAAAGUUUAGAGAUGACACAAGUCCGUUUGUGUCGCAGAGAGCUGAGACAGAUUUCCCCAGCUGACCUGCAGGUCGGUAGCUCUGCCACAAGGAGGCGACAGUCUGUUGUGGAUACCAGCGCUGAGUCAAUACUAGAGGACUCCAUAGAAGUGUCCAGAAACUCUGACAGAUGAUGUUAUGAUUGUGCCUAUGAGUCACUUGGGAGCAGCAGUGUGUACAUCAGAUUCCAGUUGGGUGCUAACAAACAGAGGAAAAUAUGUGUCAUGAAUAAGCUAUGACAACAACUCAUUGGAUGUGAAUGAAACAUUCCCCUCAUCUUGAGUAUCUUGUGAAAAUGUUCAUGUAUUGUUUGUUGGAAAAUACGUAAUUUAAGGACCCUGUGGGGCUUUGAGGUCAGUGAGAAGCACCACACAAGCCCAUUAAAUUACUCAAAAUACUGGUGUAUAUUUAAUGCAUGUCCAUAUUCACAAUAUACAACAGAAUGAGAAGAAUGUGUGUUGAGUUAAGCAGGUUUUGUCCUCAGUUUUUUCUUUAUAAAUUGUCCUUUGUUAAACAUGCCCACACUGCUGUCAAUGUAAUGCCACCAAAUAGUGAAACCACAAAAGAGGAGAACUGCAGAGUUCAUGUACGGAGGAGAAGAAGAAAGUGACUGAAAUGUGGUUGAUAUUGAAAUGUCUUCAGUGUGAACCAGUUCAGUCUCUCGUCAUAGCACUGACCUUCUAUUUAUCCGUCUUCCAUGGUGGUCAUAGAUUUCCCAGAUUCUGUCUAUGCUGACUAUUGAGGAGUUUUGCCAUUCAUUCAGAGAAGAAAGGCCAGUGUUGUCAUGACAACAGACUUAACCUGAUAAAUGACACCUACAGAGAGGAAUUUCCAAUAACUUGGCCAUGUUUUUACACUGGAAAAUAGAGAGAAACUUCCCAUUUUGUGAUUAUAGAUUUUUGUUUCAGCUCUUGCCACAUCCAAAAACAACACUGCACAUUUUCAAUUGGAUCUUAAAUUUCAUGCUCUUGUCCUAGAUAUAAAGACAUAAAACAUGGUUGAGAAAUGUGUACAUUGUGUAAAAAUGGGGUAUUUAAUGCAAAAAGCAGCACUUUUCUGAUAUUAUUUCUCCAGUCAUAAUACAGUAUCUCACUUUACGGUUAUCACCAACUGCAUCCACUAAAUUGGUUCUCCCCUUUUUACAAACACUAUUAGUUUGAAAGAUACAAUAAGUUAGAUAAAAUGUGUUCUUCAACCUUUUGUUAAAUGUAAUCAAAUAGUGCCUUGUGAAGGGAAGUGCCUUGUCUUUCACUGUUUCAGCACUGUUUAGCACUUAAAAUGGCCAGUAAACAGUAAUAUAAAGCUUGGCAGUGUUUUUAUGCAUUUGUUUUUUGAUACAAAUUCUUUAUAUCUGUGUGCACUAUGUAGUUAUAUGUUGAUUGCUGUGUAAAUUAUAAUUUUUUUAUAUGGGUAUUAAACUUACUAAGAUUCA